UUGUCGUAGAUUUGCCCGGUGUAUGUUUGUUGACAAAAUGGCGGCAAAUAAGGAGGCAAUUGCAAUUGUUCUGGACGUGGGGCCGUCUAUGAACCAGGCCCCUGCUGGAGUGGCCACCCCCUUGGAGACUGCCAUUGAAGGAAUCAACAUGAUCCUGCAAAGAAAGAUGUUCUCCGAAUCGAAAGAUGAAGUUGCUCUGAUCUUGUUGGGCACAAAUGACACGGAGAACCCUCUGUCGGAUGGGGACACGUACCAGAACAUUGUGCUGAAGCGCUCGCUGGCCGUGGCCGACUUUGACCUGCUACAGAUGGUGCAGAGUGAGCUACAGCCCGGGGACAGCUCAGGAGACUUCCUUGAUGCUCUUGUGGUAGCAAUGGAUCACUUGGAGAAUGGACUGCAGGGUAAGAAAGGUUUCGGCACUCGACGGGUCAUCCUGUUCUCGGACAUGGGCGGGGCUUUCGGGGACCAGGAACUGGACACCAUUGUUGGAGCCAUCCAGAACACCGGUACAGAACUCAACGUCAUUGGUCCGAGUAUUGAGGAGGACAAUGAUGAGGACGGAGACGCAGGAGGGGCGAAGGCAGAUGGUCAUGUGAAGAAAGAGAAGACGCCGCAGCAGAGGGCAGGGGAGACAAUGAUAAAACACAUUCUGGACCAGGUCAAUGGAGAAUGUUACAGCUUUAGUGAAGCUCUCCCUGCUCUGAGUUACUUCCAGUCCCGACAGGUCAAGCCAAUGGCAUGGAAAUGUAACUUGGAUAUAGGAGGCGUAGAGAUCCCUGUAAAUGGCUACUCAAAGGUGAAGGAGUUUAAACUAAAACAGAGCUGGAAGAAAGUGUACGCCCAGGACAGCAGUGUUGCUCCUGGCACACUGCGUACGUACCAUAUGAAGAACGAGGAGGAGACGGAGGUCGAGAAGGAGGAUAUGGUGGAAGGUUAUCGCUACGGCAACACGCUGGUGCCGAUGUCGGAGGACGACAAGGACAAUAUGAAGUACAAAGCAGAGAAAUGCCUGAAGGUACUCGGCUUCACAAAAUCAGAACAUUUCAAACGGCAUCACAUCCUUGGCGAUGGAGUCCUCAGCAUCACGGCAGAGAAGGAUGAUGAGGCAGCGGCUGUGGCUCUGUCUGCCCUCAUCAACGCGCUGUACGAGACAAACUCUGUGGCCAUCGCCAGACGUGUGUAUGCGGCCAACUCUGCUCCAAGACUUGGUUGUCUUUUCCCACACAUUAAAGCCAAAUAUGAGUGCUUGUUUUGGGUUGAGUUGCCAUUUGCCGAGGACAUCCGUACUUUUACUUUUGGCUCACUGCCCCUGACGGAGGAAAGUCUGGCCAACAAGAAGUUCCAGCCGACAGACGAUCAGCUGAAGUGUAUGGACGAGCUCAUCACCAACAUGGAUCUGACACAAGCGCUUGAGGAUGAGGAUGGUGACAAGGACGAGGCGCUGAAGCCGAAGCUGACCUUUAACCCCUACUUCCAGCGUGUGUACCAGUGUCUGCAGCACCGCGUCCUUCACCCCGACGACCCCCUCCCCGACCUGUCCCCGGUCAUCGCCGACUACAUCAACGCCCCACCCAGCGUGGUCAACGCGGCCAAGCCCUGCCUGGAGCGCAUGAAGCAGCUGUUCAAGCUGGAGGAGGUGGAGAAGAAUAAGAAUGGACAGACUGGGGAGAGCAUGUUCAAAGACAAUGAGGAGGAGGCUGGCCCAUCUGCGAAAAAGCCGAAGCUUGAUGACGGAGACCUGGCGGGCGGCCUGCAGAACAUGACCAAAGCCGAGGUCACUGAGGUUGGCACAGUGACACCCACGGCCGACUUCCGUGCUCUGAUCAGCAGAAAAGACCAGGAUUUCUUUGAUGAAGCGUGCAAACAAAUGCAGGCCCGUGUGGAGCAAGUGGUCACUGACUCCUUCGGUCAGCAGUUCUACCCCAAGGCCCUGGACUGCCUCAAGGUCCUGCGACAGGAAUGCGUCAAGAAAUCUGAACCCAACAGUUACAAUACCUUCCUUCCCAAGUUCAAGGACACCUUGAUAGGAAAGGGCAGACGUGACUUCUGGGACCAAAUUGUGAAAGAGAAACAAGCUCUCAUCACCAAGCCCGAGUGCGAGGAAAGCGCAGUGACGGUGGAGGAGGGCGAGAGGUUCGUGUCUGGCGAGGCCAAGGAGGAGCAGACGGCAGCAGCC